AUUAUAGUGGGAUUUUCCCAACUGCUGGAAAUAGGCAUGUUACAUUUGGAAGUUGUCAAAGGUAGAAGCCAUUGACAAUUCACUUUUUCAAUUUUUUCGCUGCUUCAUAUAACUGAUCACGUCUGGUACUUCUUUGGAGUAGGCCUAAGUAAUUCAAGUGUUAGUAGUAAAGUAGACCUGCUAACUUAUGGCUUUUCCUGUUGUGGCGGGCGAGGUAGUGAAUUUGAAUGUUGGAGGUUGCAUCUAUACAACAAGUCGCUCUACGUUAACACGUUAUCCGGAUUCAUUGUUAGGAUCAAUGUUCAGUGAUCGGUUGCCAACAAACGUAGAUGAUGGCAAUCGCUACAUCAUUGACAGAGACGGUCCAACAUUUCGACACAUUCUAAACUUUCUCCGUCAAUCAAAGCUUAUCCUCCCAGACGGUUUUCAAGAGUGGGAUAUUCUAUCGGCUGAGGCAGACUACUACUACUAUCAAAUACAAGAACUCAUUCAGAUUAUCAACGAAACCAGACAGAGUGCUACAGCCUACGAAUUUAUGGAGGUGGAAUAUAAUCCGUCAGGACACAUUCUGAAUUUCCUCCGCCGAUCAAAGCUUAUUCUUCCUGAUGGUUUUCAAGAGUGGGAUAUUCUAUCGGCUGAGGCAGACUACUACCAAUUACAAGGGCUCAAUCAACUUAUCAACGAAACCAGAAAACGUAUUCGGCAGUCUGACAACCAGGAUCAGCCUAAUACCUACGAAUUUGUGGAGGUAUAUUUGUAUCAAGGUCGUUUAGAUAAAGGGUUGCGAAUUGUUUGCAAACCAAAACUGAUCGAGCAAUCGUUAGCAACUACUUUAACUCAUUUGAUGGAGUUAUCCACAGGCGAUGAUGAAUACGUUUCUUUGUGUGAUACCUCUAUGGCAGAAUACUUUGGAUAUUCAGUCAGAUUAAAGUCGGCUAAGAAGGAAGGGUCACUUGAACUAAAUCGAUUAAAGUUGUUCAGAGACAUAACCAAUUGUGGCUUUACGUUGAUAUCGACGUCCUCUGUACCAUUAAGGCCUAACGAUGAUGAUAAUGGGCCUAAUUUUAAAAUUAGAGACAAGUGGACAUUUUCAAGAAAAGAAGAUCAAUGUUCAGCGGCUGCUUGCCAUCAACUGAAUCGCUACAUCAUUGACGGCGAUGGUCCAACAUUCCGACACAUUCUGAAUUUCCUCCGCCGAUCAAAGCUUAUACUUCCUGACGGUUUCAAAGAGUGGAAUAUUCUAUCCGCUGAGGCAGACUACUACAAUUACAAGAGCUCAUUCAACUUAUCAACGAAAAACGUAUUCCACAGCCCGAUACCUACGAAUAUGUGGAAGUAGAAUCAUUUUGUCAUGGUCCUACUCAAAGAUCAUUGCGAAUCUUUUGCAAACCAAAACUAAUCGAGCAAU